AGCAGCGCGACGACGAGGAGCCGGGGGCGGAUGGAUUGGGAGGACAGGACGCAGUUGCUGGGGGAGGAGUUCAGUGGCAGGGACGGAACAACUUGGAAACGGAGGAGCUCGGUCGGGCUUGAGGUAUACUACGAGCUGUUAAUCGGGUACGGCGACGGUGAGAAGAGGGGGAAUCAGGGCGCUGCGAGAGCCGCGGUACGCCACAGUUUAGACAGCCGCCGUUCCAGCGCAGGCUCGGGCUACGCCGGAGGCUGGGGAGACAGCCAGGAGAGCCUGGUCCUGGGGAUGAACGAUCCCAACAGCCCGACGCGGCGGAAUCCGGUAUCGAGGCUGGGCGAGCUCACAAGAGCCGACGCAAAA